ACGGCAUCAGCAGUUUUGUCCAGAAUGCAAGCGGUGGAGAGCUCAGCCCAAAGUACCCCUCAUGUCAGACCUCCCUGAAGUCAGACUUCGCCUGUUUAAGCCUCCUUUUUACUCUACAGGAGUCGACUGCUUCGGGCCGUUCAUAAUCAAAGUUGGACGGCGCUCCGAGAAAAGGUGGGGGAUACUCUUCAAGUGCUUGACAACGAAGGCAGUUCACAUUGAUGUUCUGACAAGCCUGGACGCUGACGCAUUUCUGAUGGCCUUACGUCGAUUCAUCGCCAGAAGAGGGAAGCCUUCAGAAAUUUUAUCAGAUCAGGGCACAAAUUUCAAGGGCGGAGAUCGAGAGCUCCGCAAAGCCUUCCAAGCAUUGCAUCCCGAUCUGAAAGAUCAGUUAUCACAGCACCAGAUCAGCUUUAAGUUCAACCCCCCUAGUGCACCUCACUUUGGUGGCAUUUGGGAGAGAGAAAUAAGGUCAGUUAAAGCUGCUCUGUACGCCACUGUACAACCACACGCCAUACCAGAAGAGGUAUUGCGUACCGUCUUAAUCGAAGUGGAGGGAAUCCUAAAUUCAAAGCCACUUGGAUAUGUGUCUAGUGAUGUGGCUGACGCAGACCCUGUAACCCCAAACUUGUUACUGAUGGGGCGGCUGGAUCCGUCCCUGCCUCAAGCCGUUUACGAGGAAUCAGAGCUCCUAAGUAGGAAAAGAUGGAAGCACUCACAAAUCCUCGCUGAUCAGUUCUGGAAAUACUUCAUUCGCCACUACCUUCCAACACUCCAGACCCGGGCUAAGUGGAACAAAGAUACGCCAGCUCAUCAGCCUGGAGACAUUGUCAUGGUGAUAGACCCCCUGCUGCCCAGAGCCCUCUGGCCGGUGGGCCGGAUCACCAAAGUACUUCCCGGAACCGAUGGUCGCAUCCGGACAGUGGAAGUCAACGUCCAGGACAGGUGCUACAUAAGGCCAGUGGCCCGACUCAUCCCAUUGCCCGCCGUCCCAGACAUGGAAUCCCGCCCCGUUCUGUCACGUCCUUCAGAGGACAAACUGGAUGAGUGACCAGUUUGGGGGCGGCUGUUGUGAAGGACUAGAGACUUUCACAUGACCAGGUAGACUUUUUGCUGACUGUCUAUGCUUCUGUGCGUGCAACCCUCGUGGCUACACCUGUGGAGUUAACUGGGGGUGCGAGUCCGAGGGCGCAUGCGCAUGAACCAGUGGACGGAGAGACGGAAGGAUACCUUGCGUGCUGUGGAGUUAUCGUGCCUUUCGGAUGCUGUUGUGCGUUCAUAAACCAAACCACAAUUUCAUAACUUCAAUAAAACUCUGGACCGGUUCAUCAUGUCUGCAUUUUAAUCAGAUGCUCCACGGUGGCUCCUGCAUAAUUAAUACUAGGAUCAA